CUGGAGCUUAAGAGUGCUGAAGGGGACAAUGUAGAAAGGUGGAAAGACAAGUUGAAGACAAGUUGUCAAGAGCCUUACAGGCUACUGGAAGGAUCGUGUGUUUGAUGCUGGAGCUAGAAGGUGUACUUUUUCGAGCAGAGGAGUUGCACAUUCAGAACUGGCCUUGAAGAAAAUCAUUAAUGGGAUGUGGAGGAUGGAUUGGAAAAAAGGCUCAAGCAGGAAGACCGACUAGGGAAUCUAUUGCCGUAGCCAGGGUGACCAGGUAUGAAUGGGGCCAGUGCUGGGAGUACAGGUAUGAAAAUCAAGAACCUGAAAAAUAAUGGUUGAUUUAAUGCUUCAUGAAGCUCCUUAACCACCUUGUUUUCGUAGUUGUUCAGUCCUUUCUCCGUGUCUGAUUCUUCAUGACCUCAUUUGGAGUUUUCUUGGCAAGGAUGCGCAAGGUUUGCCAUUGCCUUUUCCUAUUUUUUAGCAGAUGAGGAAACGGAGACAAACAGGAUUAAGUGACUCGCUCAGGGUCACGCGUUUGAGGCCCGAUUUGAUUCAAGUCUUCCUGACUCAGGACUGUCGCCUUAUCACCACCCCGUUGAGCCACCUCUUUAAUUAGACCAAAUUCAGUUUUCUGGCCGCUUCGCCUUGAACCUCGUCCGUCAAUCAUGGCCCAGCCAGGCGCCUCGCGCCAUUGCCCUAGGAGGCUCAUUCUUGCUGGGCGAGGGCGUUCUGCGCUCCAGGCUUGGGGACAGCAACAACUUCACAAGGCCGCCUUUUAUGACUUCAUGAGCAAGGCCCCACAGUUAGAAGCCCGCCUCCCGCACAGAGCGCGCAGGCCCUCCCGAGGGGUCUCUCCCGUCCCGUCUUCCUCAACCCCUCAUUUGUCCUUAAACUCCUUUCUGCCCGCCCCCACCCGGGGACCGGAAGAGGCUCCGCCCCCAACAACCUCGAUCCCGCCUUCAGAGCGGCCCUUCUGUCCCCAGCCCCAUCCCACGGGUCCACAGCCGGAUCUGCAUCUGCGCCUGCGCCUUUCAAGAUGCCCCAGAACGCUCUCGUCUACGUGCGCUACGGGCCCUACCGCGCCUUAAACCUGACUGUGGAGCACCGCACCUUCCGCCUGCAGGGCUUGCUGUCCGUAUUACACAAUUCUGGACACCAUGUCAUUCUACAGAGGAUUCAAGACUGGGAUGCCCUAGAGCUCAUAGUGAAUGGUGAAGUUGUUUUCCAGUGCAAAAUUAGCGAGUUGGAUUUUGGAGGUGAUGGCAAAUUAGAUCCACUGUGUGAAAGGGCCAGGCUAGCAGUGCUACAUGCCUACUAAUAAAAUAGCUAUAUUUCCCCAUCUGUGAAGCAUCCCUCUUGGCUUGGAGUGAUUUCUAACCCUGCAGGAAACAGGCAGUUUGAUGGUGGAGUUGAAAAAACCUUGUCAAGCUCAGAGGCUCGUCUCUGGACAGUCCAAGGUAUGCAAAAAGAACACCAGCAACCUAGUGCACCAAUAAAGCUUUUCUACCCUGGCUACUGGUAAACACGAUGCAUCCAUCUAGCAACAAUGAUGAUGAUGAUGAUGAUGAUGAUAAUUACACCCUGCUUCCUGCAGCAUCUCCUAAUCCUGACCUAUAGGGAAAUGGCUACAAUUAUGGAUUGUCAAGUCUAUCUUACACUGAGCUGAAAUAAAAAAUUAAAUACUA